UUCAGAACCUUCUAUACACUUCUCCUUUCUUCUACAGUUCUACUCCAUAUUUCCAACCGUCUUCUCUUACCUAUAUAAUCGCUAGUCUGUACACUGGCACACUCACUCCAUAAUUCUGCUAUUGAGAAAUAAAUCACCUCAUUUUCGAUUUCCCAUUUUAACUGCUACUGAAAUGGCUUCUAUGGCUCUCCGACGACUCGCUGGUAGGGACCUUGUCUCCGGUGGUAUUUUCCGACCACUGCGGUCUCUUUCCGUGAGUCGCUCAUUUAACACCAAUGCUCAGAUGACGAGGGUCGACGACGAUCGUGAACUUGAUGACCGCGCUGACCGUACUCCCGUCGUCCGUCGUCGCGAUUUCCCUUCCGCCUUCUUCUCCGACGUGUUUAAUCCAUUUGCACCAACAAGGAGCGUGGGACAACUGGUGAAUCUGAUGGAUCAAUUGAUGGAGAAUCCAUUCACGGCGGCGUCUGGACUGGGAAGUGGAGGAGCAAUGAGAAGAGGAUGGAAUGUUCGAGAAGAUGAGGAAGCCCUUGAAUUGAAGGUAGACAUGCCUGGGUUGAGCAAAGAGGAUGUGAAGGUUUCUGUGGAGGAGAACACUCUUGUUAUCAAAGGCGAGGCGGAGAAGGAGACAGAGGAAACAGAGCAACAACGAAGGUAUUCAAGCAGGAUUGAAUUGACUCCAAACGAAUACAAGAUUGAUUCAAUUAAGGCUGAGAUGAAGAAUGGUGUACUCAAAGUUACUGUUCCUAAGCUCAAACAUGACCAGAAGAAAGAUGUUUUUCAAGUUAUGGUUGAUUGAUUUCCUAAUUUUUCGAGUUUAGGGUCUGUUUAGACAAGAAAAGAGGGAUUAGUUCUUAAUAAAAUGGGAUCAUAGUUGUGGUAUUUUUUUAAAUCAGCUUGUGUUUUUAUGGGCCUCAUUUGGUUUUUAGUGAAUUCCUCUGUAUUCUCUCAAAAAAAAAAAAAAAAUCAUGGUGAGAAAUAUGAUAGCAUCUCCAAUGGUUUUUUGUUGCAA